AUGUCAAAUCACUCACUAAUUCAUUGCUUCCAGGUGGCAUCCUUGGUAGCUGUCGUAUCAGCGACGGCGAUAACGACGCUCACUUGUUUUGCCAUCUUCUCGGCCACCUGCGUGCGCGUCAUCCGGGGGCGCAGCUGGUUCACCACGAUCGGCACGAUACAGGCCGUCGCCGGUGUUCUGAGUCUACUUGGUGCAGCAAUAUUCCCGCUCGGCUGGGAUUCCUUCCGAGUGAGAUCUAUGUGUGGCGAUGAUGCAGGAUUUUAUUAUCCAAGUGCAUGUACUGUGGGAUGGGCCAUGUAUGCAGUGCUGGGAGGGAGCUUAGGUUUACUACUGUGCACUUGCCUUGCAACAUUUUCUGCCAAGUCAACAGCGACUGAUAGAGUUUCUAAUGAAAUUGCAAAAGGAAAUCAAGUUGUUUGUCUUAUUUAAAUAAAGCUGUGUGUUAUGA